AUGGUGUUCCAAGAGACAACAGUAUUGCAUAAAUUGUCUUCGCACAAAACUCUGGGUAAUGACUGUGAAUUGAUCCCGUUUUCUUCACCCUUCAUUAUGUCUACUAAGAAAAGAAAAGUGGACGCCGAGUGUCGCGUUUACAAUGAAGAAUGGGGAGUAAAGUACUUCUUUGUGGAAACAAAGGACCAGAAAACUACUUGCGUAAUAUACAGCGAAAGUGUUGCCGUUUUGAAAGAGUACAAUCUUCGGCGUCACUAUGAAACAAAACAUCUAUCAACAUAUUCAAAGUUUUCUGGAAAGUUACGCUCUGAGAAAUAUGAGUCCAUGAAACGUGGUUUAGAAACUCAAAGAAAUCUCUUCACGAGAAAGUUUGCUGAAAAUGAAUCUGUCACUCGUACACGUUACAAAAUAGUGCAUAAGAUGGCAGAACGAGGAAAACCGUUUACUGAUGGCAACUUCAUCAAAGAGUGUAUGAUGGAAGCAGCAAAUGACUUGUGUCCUGAGAAAGCCGAUUUGUUUGGAAGUAUCAGCCUUUCGGCAAGUUCAGUUGUGCGGAGAACAGAAGAACUUGGAGAGAACAUAGUGCUACAGAUACGCGAGAAAGCUAAGAACUUGUUGUGGUAUUCUCUGGUGCUGGAUGAGUCUACUGAUCUCUCGAGUACGUCACAACUUCUCGUGUUCAUUCGUGGUGUCAAUUUGGACUUUCAGAUAACGGAAGAGUUGGCAUCCGUUUGCAGCAUGCAUGGAACAACAACUGGAAAAGACAUUUUCAUGGAAGUGAAAAAAACUUUGCAAGACUAUAACCUUCAGUGGAAUCAGCUUCGAGGUGUUGCAGUUGAUGGAGGAAAAAACAUGGCUGGAGUGAGGAAGGGUCUGGUGGGGCAGAUCAGGACUCAGUUGGAAGAUUUGCAAAUUCCGGGCUCUCUGUGCAUACACUACAUCAUACAUCAGCAAGCACUCUGUGGGAAAGACUUAGAUAUUUCUUGUGUACUGAAACCAGUCGUUUCUGCUGUGAACUUCAUUCGGGGACAUGCACUCAAUCACCGUCAGUUCCAGGCUUUUCUUGAAGAAAUUGAUUCUGAUUUCUGUGACUUGCCUUAUCACACAGCAGUGAGAAUCAUCAAAGGAUUUCGGAGAAAGCUGUCAUUGUUUGAAGCACAACUGGAAGGAGAAAACUUCUCUCAUUUUCACUGUUUCAAAGAGGUUUGCGCUACAAUCGCUGAAGAUGUCAACCUCGAUUUUCCGAAAAAUAUUAUUCGUGACUUGAAGAAGCAUUUUUUGAAGAGAUUUUCAGAUCUUGACAGAAUUGAGAGUGACAUUCUUCAGUUCCAGAAUCCGUUUGAUUGUAACCUUGAUGAUGUGCCAGUUGAACUACAGUUGGAGCUCAUUGAUUUGCAAGCAAAUGACUUGUUGAAAGAGAAGCACAGAGAAGAAAAACUUGUUGAAUUUUACCGCUGCUUACCUGAUGUUGAGUUUCCGAAACUGAAGAAAUUUGCCGCUGGUAUGGCAUCACUGUUUGGAACAACUUAUGUCUGUGAGCAAACAUUUUCAAAAAUGAAACUACAGCAGUGGAAUUUUCUUGCUGAAAAAGUCAGACUGUGUAAGUUUAGUGACCGUCAAAAAGAUUUCGCCCCAUUCUUCAUCAUAGAAGCUGGUCUUGUAGCCCUUAAUGAUAUCGAUGGUCUGAUGGCAGCUCUCAGCAUUAUUCAUAAUCCUAAGGAGUAG